AUGGACACUUUCUACGUCGACGAGGACGUCGGCCGCGACGAUGGCUCCGCCACUGGCUCUGAAACCGCCCCCUAUAAAACUCUUCUCUUCGCCAUGAUGCAGCACCCCAAAGCAACAUAUAAAACCAGAAAGUCAGAGACGGCCCCUGCAGACGCCAAUGCUGAUCCGGCCUCGCGGCUAGAAUGGAAACCUGCAUCAAAGUCUGCUCUGAAGAAAGCCACCAACCUUUACGAACAGCAUCUGCGGAAACAGGCCAAGGCAGCUGAUUUGGCCAUCCGUGAACAGCAGGAGGCUGAGAAGCGAAAGCAAGUUCUCGAGGACGCCAAGAAAGUGGUCAUCAAAGAAGACGAAAGCUUGCCGGCGCCUGUCAAGAUCAAGCUCAACACCGUUGAUCCCGCCAAGAUCAAGCUAGGCACUGCAGACUCCAAGGGGACCCGAGUGCGAGUUGUGGGCCGAGUUCACCAUUUACGGUCGCAGAAGGAUAUCAUCUUUGUCACCCUAAAAGAUGGCAAAGGACUGAUGCAAUGCCUCUUCUCGGGUAACCUGAUCAAGACGUAUGCGGCCAUGACUUUGACUCUUGAGACGUCACUCGAAAUUCGGGGUGAGCUCAAAUCUCUUCCACCGGGUGCCCACGCCCCUCUUGAUCGCGAGCUCCAUGCCGACUAUUUCACCGUAAUUGGCGCGGCGGUCGGUGACAAGGAAGCCAUCACCAAUAAAGUGCAGGAAGAUGGUGAUGCCCAGAAGCUGCUCGAUAACCGCCAUCUCACACUGCGCGGGGACGUCUCGUCAAGCGUCAUGAAAGUUCGAGCAGCCGUCGAGAUGGCUUUUAUCAAGACCUACGACGAGCUGCAGAUUACGAAAGUGUCGCCUCCGGCAAUGGUUCAGACGCAGGUUGAGGGCGGCGCAACUCUCUUCGAGUUCAACUACUACGGUGAAAAAGCCUACCUUACCCAGUCCUCGCAGCUGUACCUGGAGACUUGUCUUCCCGGACUGGGUGACGUUUACUGCAUUGAGAAGUCCUUCCGAGCAGAAAAAUCCCUCACCCGCCGCCAUCUGAGUGAGUACACACACGUGGAGGGUGAACUCGACUUCAUUACCUUUGACGACCUGCUCAACCACAUUGAGCACUUGGUGUGCAGGGUCAUUGAAGUCACCCUCUCGGACCCUGUCAUUGCCAAAUACAUCUACGAGCUCAACCCGGACUUCAAGCCACCGUCCCGCCCCUUUAAACGCAUGAAGUACUCCGAGGCCAUUGCGUGGUUGGUCGAACACGAGAUUCCCAACGAAGAAGGCAAACCGCACGACUUUGGGGACGACAUCGCCGAAGCCGCCGAACGACGCAUGACCGACAUCCUCAACGUGCCCAUCUUCCUCACCCACUUCCCCACCGCGAUCAAGGCCUUCUACAUGCAAAAAGACCCCUCGGACCCGCGCGUGACCGAGAGCGUCGACGUCCUCAUGCCCGGCGUCGGCGAAAUCGUGGGCGGGAGCAUGAGAAUCUGGGACUACGAGGAGCUGAUCGCCGCGUACAAGCGUGAGGGAAUCGACCCCGAGCCCUACUACUGGUACACGGACCAGAGACGCUACGGCACUAGCCCCCACGGCGGCUACGGUCUGGGCCUGGAGCGAUUUUUGGCCUGGAUCUGCGGCCGCUGGACCGUCAGGGAGUGCUGUCUCUACCCGAGAUUUGCCUAUCGUUGCAAACCGUAG